AUGAGUACCAGCAUUGACGAGCGUUGGUCGGAAUAUGAUGAAGAGGACGAUGAUGAAUUAGAUACAUCCGAUGAAGAUUACAGAGGCGACGAUAGAAACGACGAUCCGCCCGACGAAACUAAUGAGGAAGACACUUUGCACCCAGAUGUUUCAAAGAAUCUACUUGACUGGCAUGAGGGUCGUCGAGUGGUUGAACUUGGUGUGCUAGCAGCCCAGCUACAGAAAGGAUGCAAGAAAUGUGGGACUGUAUUACAUCUGUGUGAUUGUUUUCAAGAGAGGCAUUAUGGCCUUGGAAGUAUUUUGUACAUAAAGUGUACUAUAUGCAGUUUUAUUUCAAACAUCCCCACUGGAAAGCGGCAUGAAAAAAACAUUUGGGAUGUGAACACUAAGCUUGGUGCAGGUAUUACCAGCAGUGGAAUAGGUUUCUCUAAUUUACAAAUGUUAUUUGCUUCAUUGAAUAUCCCUGGUGUAGCGGCUGGAACAGUCAAGAAAAGAGACAGAGAAGCAGGAAAGGCUAUUGAAUCUGUUGCCAAAAAAAGUUGCAAUGAGGCUCUUGAUGAAGAAAUAAAACUGAAUGAUGGGAAAGUUGAAAUAAGAGUUGCGGCUGAUGCUGGAUGGCAAACAAGAUCUAGUGGAAGGAAAUAUAACAGCUAUUCAGGUCACAGUUCACUAAUAGGUGAUAAAUCUGGGAAAAUAGUGCGGUAUGAUUAUAGAUGCAGAAAAUGCAGACUUUGUGAAAAUGCAAAAAGAAAAGGCAUUCAGCCCAUUGACCAUGACUGCAGGUAAAAAGUU